AUUGUGAGCAUUUCAUCUGCAGGUGCACCAUGUGAGAGGGCCUUAGAGCGCCUAGAGCAAAAGAGGCCUGUGGGUGGAUUUCACUUAGCAUGUCGGAGCUAAUGGGGUGGCCCGUUCCCGUUCUCCUUCUCUUGGUCCCUCAGUACCAUAACCGGGAGUGGACAUUGUGGGAUCGAUUUGAUGUGCGGGGACGACAGCCUGAUGGUGAGGAGAUGACCCUCAGGCAAUUCCUAGAUUACUUUAAGACCGAGCAUAAAUUGGAGGUAACUAUGGUGUCGCAGGGUGUGUCCAUGCUCUAUUGCUUCUUUAUGCCGGCUUCCAAGCUCAAGGAACGGUUGGAGCAGCCGUGAGUGGGCAGCACUGCGGGUUGUGGGAAGGCUUGGUAUGGGAUUUCUCAGCUUCCGGCUUUCCCGCU